UUCUCAGCUGCGCGUGCGCGUGCCCGUCGCCUCUUCUCCUGUGCAGUAAGCGGCGCGCAUUCGAGCGCAGGUCUGAUCUGCUGUUUAUGUCGCACUGACACUGAUACUAAUACUUAAAGAACAAAAAGACGGAGGAAAAAGCGUUUAAACAUGUGGAAAUCUGUGGUGGGACAUGAUGUUAAUGUGAAGGUCGAAUCGGAGGGGGACGACUGGGAAACAGACCCAAAUUUUGAGAACGAUGUUUCGGAGCAGGAACAGAGAUGGGGUUCCAGGACCAUAGAAGGAUCAGGCCGAAAAGAACACAUCAGCAUUGCAGAUCUCAGGCAGAAUGUGUCUAAGGAGCAUGAGGUGGUUAAGAAGAAAGAGAUGGACCAGGGCGCUAAAGCCUCUUACGGCUAUGGAGGGAAAUUUGGAGUUGAGAAAGACAGAAUGGACAAGGGUGCUUUAGGGCACAACUAUGUGGCGGAGGUAGAAAAGCACUCAUCCCAGAUAGAUGCAGCAAAGGGUUUCGGGGGGAAAUUUGGUGUACAGAAGGACCGUGUGGACAAGUCUGCCAUGAGCUAUGAGUAUAAGGGUGAGGUACAGCAGCAUGCAUCUCAGAAAGAUUAUGCUAAGGGUUUUGGUGGGAAGUAUGGUGUGCAGAAAGAGAGGGUUGACACCGCAGUGGGUUACGACUAUAAAGGCGAGACUGAGAAACACCAGUCACAGAAAGACUACGCCAAAGGCUUCGGGGGAAAAUACGGAGUGGAAAAAGAAAAAGUUGACAAGGCUGCUUUGGGUUACGACUACAAAGGAGAAACAGAGAAACAUCAGUCACAGAAAGACUAUGCAAAAGGCUUCGGGGGAAAAUACGGAGUGGAAAAAGAAAAAGUUGACAAAGCUGCUUUGGGUUACGACUACAAAGGAGAAACAGAGAAACAUCAGUCACAGAAAGACUAUGCAAAGGGUUUUGGAGGACGUUAUGGAGUCGAAGCAGAUCGCAUGGAUAAGAGUGCAGCUUCAUUCAGUGAUAUGGAGUCACCAUCAUCAGCUUAUGAGAAGCCACAGGCUUUCGAGGCCUCAAGUGUAGGAGCUGGAAACCUUAAGGCUCGAUUUGAGAACAUGGCGAAGGCCUCAGAUGAGGAUAAUAGAAAGAGAGCAGAUGAGGAGAGAGCCAGAAGACUUGCUCGAGAGAAGAGAGAACGGGAAGAGGCACAACGCAAACAUAAGGAGCAGAGCAAGCGUGAAGAGGAGGAAGAGAACCAGAGACCUCCACCUGUGCCAGCGUCCCACAAACCCCCAGAGACAUUCAGAAAACUGCCUGAAAUUCCCAGAGAUGAACCAGAGGAAGAAGCUCAGAUAGAGGAGCAGCCUGAAUAUGAGGAGCCGCCAUUACUGCCGCCCCGCUCAGCUGACCUGAUUGAAGAGGAGGAGGAGCCAGAGCCGGAGCAAACUUACAAUGAAUGUGAUCCCGUCCCCGUACCUCAGGAAGAAGAGUAUGAGGAUAUUAGCUCAUAUCCUACUGCAGUUGAUAAUGAUUAUGAAGAUAUAAGUGAGGCAGGAAACACAGCCACGGCACUUUAUGACUACCAAGGAGAGGCCAGUGACGAGAUCUCCUUCAUGCCCGGUGACAUCAUCACUGGCGUUGAGAUGGUGGAUGAGGGUUGGUGGAAAGGAACGUGUCAUGGUCGCACAGGCCUGUUUCCUGCCACUUUUGUGGAGCUCAAUUAGUUGCUAGUAAUCAGUGAUCAAAUUUAUGUUUAUUAGCCACUUGCAGACAAUUAUUUUUAUUGCAUUUUUUUAUGAUAUGCAUGUGCAAUAUACUAACAUGUACAGAAUGAACAUUUGAAUCUGGCUGAAAAUGAGUUCUCAUGUACUGUUAGCUGAGCAAAACUGUCCCUUCAGUGCAUAUGGUUAGUAACCA